AUGGACUACGACAUACUUAACGGACGAGUUAAAUCGGCUGGAAUGAGUAUUUGGUGGGUGUCAUUUAUGUUGAGCCCCGAAAUGGCUGAUUGGUCAGAUUCGAAGAUUAUGCAAUGCAUGAAGGAUUACAUCACCCAAAGCCGUGUCUGGGUUGGUCAGUAUCAAACAAAGCAACGGUGGUGCUUCUCAAUGCUAGUUAAGCUUUCAAGCGAGCAGAUUUUACGUAAAGGAGGAUUCGUUGAAACAUUAGCCAUCGAGGAGACAGCCCGCCUUGUCGACUCUUGGAUCGCCGAGGGGAGACUGCCUUAUCAGCGACAGCGUUUCUUCGGGCUGUCCUAA